GCUGCUGCUGUAAGUAUAGAAAACUGUUACAAGUAAACCACGUGCAACAUACGUCUCUACAAGAGAGAUGAGGAAGAUCCACCACUCUUAAGGUAGAGAAUAAGUAUAUGAAGAACGGUCGUGGAGGACCCGUGGCUGGUUGUCGGAGACUUCCACAGUCCGAUGUGCUUGGCAGUUUCAUGGCUUAUGGGCGAAACCCGUGGUAUUGAAUUCCAAAUUGCAUCUUCUCCAAAAAGAAAUUAAAAAAAAAAAAAAAAAAAGAAAAAAAAAAUCCAAGUUGCAGACAAUGGAAAUAUGGGAUUAGGAAGGGAGUAGACUCUUACCUUUUUCCUUUGUCUAUGGGUCUCUCUCUCUGCUCUAUGCUCUACUUUAGUAUUCUGCACUGUUGUUGUACAACGUGUCCUCCUAUACAUGACAGAUAGAGAGAUUCUUAUUCAUAUACAUAUGGAGUAGCUUUCCACGGAUUGAGGAAUGGCUACCCAGCGGCGGCGCCACCACCACCAGCAGCAGCAGCAUCACAACCGCCAAUACCUCCGCUGCCUGAUUCCGGCGAUCUCAGCUAUCUCUGUCGCUCUUCUCCUCCUCCUUUCUCUCCUUUCAUUCCUCGCUCCAGCUCCGGUCGAUAAUGUCCCCCUCGGCCGUCGUUAUCUCCAUCACCGCUCCUCUUUCAAUGAUGACAUCGUCGUGCACGAGAAUGAGAAUGCGAAUGCGAGUGGAAGUGGAAUUUUCCGUGUUCCAAUGAGCGGAGGGAGUUUAAGACGUGAUCUCUGGGCUUCCCCGUUGUCCAAAUUCUACUAUGGAUGCAGUAAUGCCAGCAAUAAUUUUGCCAGAGCUGAAGCUAUCACACAACCGAAUCGUUAUUUGAUGAUUGCAACCAGUGGAGGCUUAAAUCAACAAAGGACAGGGAUAACUGAUGCUGUUGUUGCUGCCCGCAUCUUGAAUGCUACUCUUGUUGUUCCUAAGCUGGACCAGAAAUCUUUCUGGAAGGAUUCUAGCAAUUUUAGUGAGAUCUUUGAUGUGGAUUGGUUUAUUUCGUCUCUGUCAAAUGAUGUUAAAAUCAUAAACCAUCUCCAAAGAAAGGGAGGGAAAGUUUUGACUCCAUAUACCAUGCGUGUUCCAAGGAAGUGCACUGCAAGAUGCUACCAAAAUCGUGUCCUACCUGUUCUAUUGAAAAAGCAUGUUGUCCAGCUCACCAAGUUUGAUUACAGGCUUGCAAACAAGUUGGACACAGACUUACAGAAACUGAGAUGUAGAGUUAAUUACCAUGCGUUAAGGUUUACUGAUCCUGUACUUGAAAUUGGCAUGAAAUUGGUCCACAGGAUGAGGAUGAGAAGCAUGCAUUUUAUUGCCCUCCACUUGAGGUUUGAACCUGAUAUGCUUGCAUUCUCUGGAUGUUACUAUGGUGGAGGAGAGAAGGAAAGGAAAGAACUGGGUAAAAUCCGUAGGAGGUGGAAAACGUUGCAUAAAAACAACCCUGACAAGGAACGGAGGCAUGGAAGAUGUCCUCUCACUCCAGAGGAGGUUGGACUUAUGCUAAGAGCACUGGGAUUUGGUAGUGAUGUUCACAUCUAUGUAGCAUCUGGUGAAAUAUAUGGAGGGGAAGAAACAUUAGCCCCUCUGAAAGCUCUGUUCCCAAAUUUCCACUCUAAGGAUACAAUCGCAAGCAAGGAUGAAUUGGCACCAUUUUCCGGAUUUUCUUCUCGUAUGGCUGCACUUGACUUUAUUGUUUGUGAUGAGAGUGAUGUAUUUGUAACCAACAAUAAUGGCAACAUGGCCAAAAUUCUAGCUGGUCGAAGGAGAUACUUUGGACAUAAACGUACCAUUCGUCCAAAUGGUAGAAAACUGAAUUCCUUGUUUCCGAAUCGGGGUAACAUGACUUGGGAAGUAUUUGCAUCCAGUGUUCGUACUCAUCAGAGAGGCUUCAUAGGAGAGCCAAAUGAGGUUAGGCCAGGCAGGGGUGAAUUUCAUGAGAACCCAUCAUCCUGCAUAUGUGAAAAUUCUGAGGCAAAAGCAAAAUGGGAAAGAGUUUCCCGAAGCCAGACUAAAGGUAGCCAGAAAAGUGAGCAGGGGGAUGAAGCAAUCAAAGAUAUUGGUGAAGUCACUGACAAUCAAUUUACUGAUGAUGAGCCAGAGUGGUCUGAUUCAGAUUACAUGGAUAAUGAGGAUGGGCCAGGGGGAAAGGGACAGUCUAUUGGUACACAUUUGGAUGAUGAUCUGUUCCUUAAAUCUGAGGAACCUGAGUUGGAAGAAAUGCUAUCAGAUUGAUGAAGCUACCUUGCCCCUAAACAAAAUGUUUUUGUACCUAACCCAUUUGUUCAUUGCAUUCUUUGGGACCUUUUUUUUUUUUUUUGGACAGUUUUUUGCUUAUAUGAACUACUUUUUGACCAAAGCUGGAGUCUGGAGAGUUAUCCUCUUGUAUAUAGAGCCAUAGCAAUAGAGCUGUACAACAUCGUAUUUUAAUGGAACAAUUUCAAAUUCAAGGACCAUGAAGGCAAGCUGCGUUGUCCAAAUUCAAAGCUUCCCCAUACGAUAAUGGGGCAUCUCCGGCCUCACAGUUGAAACAGACCACAGUUAUUGUACAUUUGCAGAGGAAGUGGGUCGGAGAAGGAGCAGGAAAGGAGCCGUAGGGUCAUGUUUUAAGGGUUUUUCUGAAGAUGUGAAUGUCAAAAUGCUAAAUUGGUAUCAGAAUGUUUAAACUGUAUUUUCCUAUGAAUUGAAAUAGAAAAUUGUUCAAGGUUGCUGGAAA